AUGGAUGUCGACUUAUCGCCAAAGUUAGCCCAAAAGUUAUUUGAUGGAGAAGGGGGGUCAUACUACCGCUGGUCGAGUUCUGAAUUUCCACUGCUAGGAGAGCAAAAAGUAGGUGCAGGAAGACUUGUCCUUCGGCCUCGUGGCUUUGCUCUUCCCCAUUAUGCCGAUUCCGCUAAAAUUGGCUAUGUUCUGCAAGGUAGUGAUGGAAUUGUGGGAAUGGUGCUCCCAAACUCGUCAAAAGAGGUGGUGUUAAAACUUAAGAAAGGAGAAGUCAUACCAGUGCCUCUUGGAGCACUGUCCUGGUGGUACAAUAAUGGAGAUCACUCAGAAGAAGUUGUUAUAGUUUUCUUAGGGGAAACUUCCAAGUCCCACAUUCCUGGAGAAUUCACCUACUUCUUUUUAAGUGGAGGCCAAGGUAUCCUGGGAGGGUUCUCGACAGAAUUCACUAGUAGAGCUUAUAAGAUGAAUGAAGAAGAAGCAUAUAAGCUUGCUAAAAGCCAAACUGGAAUUUUGCUCAUUAAGCUAGAACCAGGAAUAAGCAUGCCCCGACCAAACAAGGAAUCUGUUGAAAAAAUGGUAUACAACAUUGAUGCUGCGUUGGCUGAAGUUGAUGUCAAAAGGGGUGGUUUAUUUAAGACAGUGACAGCAGCUAGAUUUCCUUUUCUUGGAGAGGCAGGCUUAAGUGUUAACUAUGUGAAACUGGAAGCUAAUGCCAUGUACACGCCAUCAUACGCCGCCGAUGGCUCGGUUCAACUUUUUUAUGUUGCUAAAGGCAGUGGCUGUGUCCAAGUUGUAGGGAUUGGUGGUAAGCUCGUCCUGGACACCAAAAUAGAAGCUGCCCAAUUACUUGUUGUGCCAAGAUUCUUCGUGGUUGCUCAAAUUGCUGGCAGUGAAGGAAUGGAGCUUGUUUCUAUUCUCACAACUAAAAGCCCUGUUGUUGAAGAUCUUGCGAGCAAGAAAUCAGUGUGGAAUGCUUUGUCUCCAAUAGUUUCGCAAGUUGCUCUAAGUGUGACUCCAAAGUUAGAAGAACUCUUUAAGUCCAAUAUGCAGAAGACCGAUAUUCUUGUCCCUCCCACCAAUUAA